AUGAACUCGAAGAUGAACAGCAUGAUGCAGCUGCUGCAGACGGUAAAGCGGCAGGUGGAGGCGGGUAAUCAGGUAUCGCAGAGUGAGCUAAAGCAGGGGAGAGACUUAAACACUGGGCUGGAUGGGGUGGAUGAUUCCAGCAUGGGGGAGAGGCGGGUGCAGGCAGAGGCAUGGGAGGAAGAGGGGCGUCCGCCGCAAGGGUUGUCUGAGUCUGGGGGACGGGAUGAUGAGGCAGGGAUGUCUAGUGGGGUGGUUCGGUUAGGCGAGGAAGAUGAUGGGGAUAUGAUGGAGAGUAGGGAAAGAAGGGUUGACACGGGAGGACAUUCGGAUGAUAUCGAGGCUGAUGUGGCUGAUGUUGGGAAUGAGGUGGAGAUGAUGAAAGGUGACGUGGAGAGGAUGAAGGGUGACGUGGAGAGGCUGAGGAAUGAGGUGGCAGGAAGGGCGAAAGUGGAGGAGGAGAGGGCGAGAGACAUCAGUGGCCUGAGAAGGGAGGUCGAGGGUCUGAAGAGUUGCAGUGGUGAUGCAAGGAAGUGCCUGGACGAGCUGAGGGCUGAGAUGAAGGCAGAAUUGGCUGUGCUGGUGGCGCAGAGUGAGAGGAGGGUUUGUGGCAAGUUGGAUGAGUGGAGGCGUGAGAUGGAAGAGGGAAGGGCGGAGGAGGCAGGGAGGAUGAGGGGAUUGAAAGAGGAGGUGGACGCGGGAAAGGCAGAGGUGGUAGGGAGGUUGAGUCAGAUCAACCAUCGGCUGGAUGAGGGGAGGAUGGAGGCACGCGCCAGUGCAGCCAGUGCAGCCAGCGCAGCCAGUGCAGCCAGUGCAGCCAGCGCAGCCAGCGCAUUGGAGGACCAGCAGAGGGUGGAAGGGUUGAGUGUUCGGCUGGAGAGCUUCCAGGAAGUUACCGAGAGGGUUGAGGGGGAAAUCCGAGCUCUGUGGGAGGUGAGCAUCUGA